UCAGGGAAGGGUUGUGUGUGGAGAGGAAGUCAGAGGAGAGGGCCUGGGAGGGGGUCGGUGUGUGAGGACAGAAGUCAAAGAGCGACUUUGCAAGAGAAAGAACAUCUGCAAACAAGAUGCUGUUCCUGCAACUUGUGCUGUUGGCGGUUCUCCUCCCGGGGGGUGACAGCGAAGAUGAUUCCCAGGAGCCGAUCUCCUUCCGGAUCAUCCUGACCACAUCCUUUUACAGCAGUUCCUCAACGCAGAAUCAAGGCUCAGCUUGGCUGGAUGAGCUGCAGACUCACGGCUGGAACAACAAGACAGGAGCUUUCCGUUACCUGCAGCCUUGGUCCAAGGGCAACUUCAGCAACGAGGAGCUCCUGGAAGUGCAGAACUUAUUCUACACAUACACCAUCCGAUCCCCUUCCACAUUUCAUAACCACAUCCGUGACUGGCAACUUGAAUAUCCCUUUCAGAUUCAGCUGGUAUUAGGCUGUGAUUCCCACUUUGGAGAAGCAUCAGCAGGCUUCCUGCAGUUGGCUUAUCAGGGAUCUGAUCUCCUGAGCUUCCAGAACACGUCAUGGAGGCCAUCUCCAGAGGGAGGAAGUAGGGCUCAGAAGGUCUGCAGUCUAUUCAACCAGGACCAUGUUUCCCAUGAAAUAGUACGUAAGCUCCUCAAUGACUCCUGCCCCCGGAUCUUGUUGAGUCUUCUUGAUGCGGGGAAGGCGGAUCUCCAGCGACAAGUGAGGCCCGAGGCCUGGCUGUCCGCUCGCCCCAGCCCCGUGCCUGGCUGUCUGCAACUCGUGUGCCAUGUCUCCGGCUUCUAUCCCAAGCCUGUGUGGGUGAUGUGGAUGCGGGGCGAGCAGGAGGAGACAGGCUCCCAGCGAGGUGACGUCUUGCCCCAUGCUGACGGCACGUGGUACCUUCAGGUGUCCUUGGAUGUGAAAGCCAAGGAGGCAGCUGGCCUGUCCUGCCGUGUGAGACACAGCAGUCUAGGAGGCCAGGACAUGGUCCUCCACUGGGGUGAGGAAGGACUGGGGCAGGCUGGACAACAUGAGCGGCCCCCUUCCAUGGGCUUGGUCUUCCUGGUGGUGAUCGUGCCCUUGGUGCUCCUGGUAGGCCUGGCGUGGUGGCUCUGGAAGCGCUGGAAAGCCCACUGGAGACCUCAGUGCACGGACUUCCCUUCGGAGCGAGAUCCCAGCCACCCAGGCCCCAGGACCUAAACCCAGCUCAGCACUGAUGUCCUGGCCACUCCCCGUGCGCAACUCUGUGUUCAUUUCUUCUUAAUGAUCAGUUGUCAAUAUAAGCUAAGCAUCAUUUAGUGAGUUUUGUUGUUCUGACUUAAUUCUGGAAUUUAAAUCUCAAAUUUAUCUCUGAAUGGAAUGAUGUUCCAGCGCCUACAUGGAUCGAGAGACAUCAAAUGUCAUGUCCUCCAGAGGGCCCUCCCUGAUUCACAAGUAGAAGCAGUCUCUGCCUGUUGAGAAUCUCUACCCCCUUUUCCUGACCUUUUGUAAAUCUGUGUUUCCCAGCCCACUCCUCAUUACCUCCAGUUAUGUUCCUUUUCUCCUCUAAUAUUAGGAUUCUUUUUUUAAUAAUAUAUUUAUUUUUAUUGGUGUUCAAUUUGCCAACAUACAGAAUAACACCCAGUACAAUAUUAGGAUUCUUUUUUUUUUAAUAUUAGGAUUCUUAAGAACUAAGUCCACGUCUUUUUAGUAUUUGUAUUCUUGGCGAGGUGUCUCACUACAUGGCAUAUGUCCUCAGUAAAAAUCUG